CCACCUCCAGCCUCUGCUCGGCCGCGUCCCGUCGAGACAAAGGCCACACGCGUAGGCAUAGUAGGCACCAGGCAGGCAGCGCGAAGGCCAGCCAGAACAGCCGAGCCGGUUCCCGUCCCGCACCCCCGCGAUGGCCACGGCGGCCGUGGCGAGGCACCACCAGCACCGCGGUCGCGGGGCGCCCUCGCGCGCCGGCCCGCGGCGCGCCGGCAUACGGUGCUCGUCGUCGCCGGCGCAGGAGUUCGCGGCGCUGGCCGCGGUGUUCCGGCGGCGCCUCGUGGUGGGGGGCACGACGGCGGCGGCCGCGGCGGUGGGGGCCAACUUCGGCGGCGUCACCAGCUUCCUGCUGGGCCUGUCGCCGGAGCUCGGCAGGUCGCUCCGCCUCGACGUGCUCUACCCCGUCGGCGGCUUCACGCGCUGCCUCGACUCCGACAAUGGGUUCGAAUUCAUUUAUCCGUCAAGUUGGGUAGGAGAUCAGACUCUGCUAUAUAGGGAAGUAAAGAGAGCAGAAUUGCAGAGAUCACUGGACCCCCCGCCCCUGAAAAGUGGGAGAUUGUCUUCUAGACCUCGGAACAUCAGUGAGCCUGUGGCAGCAUUUGGGCCCCCGGGAUCCAAUGGGGAGCUCAAUGUCAGUGUCAUUGUGUCGCCAGUACCUCAAGACUUCUCGAUCGAGGCUUUUGGUGGUCCGAAAGAAGUGGGAGAAGUGGUGCUCAGAAGGAUUGCGAGGACAAGGCGAAGCCCAGAUAUCAACGCGACGCUUAUUGACGCUGCCUUGAGAGAAGACGCGGACAAUGUGAAAUACUACAAGCUAGAGUUCCGAGUCGAGAGCCCUUCUUUCCGACGGCACAAUGUUGCGGUCUGCUGCGCGAGGGACGGCAAGCUUUACACCAUGAACGCGCAAGCACCGGAGUCGUCAUGGAAAGCGGUUCAGAAGGAGUUCUUUGCAAUGGCGGAUUCCUUCAGCCUAGUGAACGAUGUUUGAUAUAGCAGAAGGGCAGUUUUGUACCCAGUGAGCGUUUUUAGUUUUUUGACUAGCUUGUAACUUCACAAGCAUGUCGUUUUUGAUAUCAUGGUUUCAUUUAUAGGCUAGGAGAAAUGUAUCAUAAAUGCCGUUGUCACGAAUUACAAUCAUGUCUGAUGUUUUCUUCUGCAUGCAUUGACUAGAGAAUCAAAUACUGUUUCAUUGUGUCGAUCCAAA